AUGUCGUCUCAACCUAGCACUUCAACUUCGACUCAAUUCCACCGGCCACCUUCUGUGACCGGUUUCCAGGAGACACUUGCUAUGAUUCCUCUACCCCCAAACCUAUCUGCAAUUUCAGGAGCAUGUGAACGAUGGCCAUCAGCGAUCUUAGCAAUGCUCGCACAUGGCUUUCAUGAGGAUGGAAAACACUUGCAAUUUGAUGAAGACGGAUUCUACACAUCGACUACGGACCACUACCGAACAGGCACCAGCAAAUAUCAAAAGGUGUCUUCAGAUGACAAGAUGCAAAAUUGGUGCGUGUGCACCACACAUGUUGAGAUGAUCAUGGCUCGUAUAUUUGAUUUGUGCGCUGUCCUCGACAGACUGACAGGCGGUUCAACCAUUUUCAUGCAUCAUCCAGGCGCCACACCUCCAGGCACACCCAUCGUUCCCGAAUCUCUCAACGCCAAUGUCUACAUUAACCCCAAAGUCCUCGUUGAGCACCACGAACUACAUCCUGUGGUCGCUGAGAUCACCCAACUCUUCCUUUCUAAAUAUGCAGCUCCUCUCGCUCAAAGCUUUACACUGUCGUGCACCAAUAAAGGAUGGAGAGUGGGAAGUUCACAAAUGCAAAUGCGAACUCCUACUAAGGGCAAAGGCAGGGCAGAGACUAGCCUAUUGCCACUUGUCUCACCUCCAAUCACCCCAUCAUCUUCGCACUUUGUUCUUCCAGGCCGCCCAGAUGGCUCACUGGAGGUCCUUCUAUCAUCCAACUCACGUAUCUUAUCUUAUGUCCCGCGCUAUGAUGGUCGAAUUACGUGGGUGGCCUCUCAGAUUGACGUACGGAGCACCCAAAAUCGCACCGGUGACAGUGCUGUCAAGGCUCACACUAAUGUCACCGGCUAUGUGGCGCCCAUCAUGCCAAUGAAAAACUCAAAAAAACAGUGUUCGGCUCGGGAAACAAACAAGGGUACUCAUGUCACCGUGGUCGAGUCUUCAAGCAACUCUGACACACACCUGUCUUCACCCUGGUCGUAUCCAUCCUCAGACCAGAAGGGUAAGGGUGUUCGAAAGAUACCAUCAACAGCUCCAGCCACCAACAUGUCGACACCUGCUCCCUCAAAUUGUACCAUUCAUCGGGCAUCUUUGGCCCUGGCAUCAAAUAAUUCAGUAAUCGUCCCUUUCGGCAGCCGAACUAUAACUAUCCUGGAAAAUCUGGGUUAUCCUGACACCUUUCACCGUGUUUGUUACGAGAUCUGUGAUAAACACUUGACAAAGAGGUGGGUUGUCAAAUUGCAAGAGGAGGCUAGAAUUUCUGAAGAAGAUGCAGAUGCCAUGUUGAAAGAUUGCCAGGAUUGCUAUGCAGCCUCAUGCUUCCCCUCUCAUUUGUUCGAACUCCAAACUGUCAAGAUGUCUAAGGAAGUUCGCCAGCAGUUAACAGAACGCAGGCGUGCCAAACACCUUGAUGAAGAACAAGAAAUUCAAGCCGUUCUCAGCUACCUUAAUGUGAAGGCCACUGAAUUGGCUGCCAAGUUCAAACAGCCACACCAUCGGACGGGUGCAUGGCAUGCCUUUAUGCACUUCAAAGGUCUCAAGAGUAAUGAUGGCAAGGACUUCAACGAGAAGUCAAAUGUUGCAGACUUAGUCAAACACACUGCCGAAUAUCACGACCUCACAGACGAAGAGAAGACAAAGCUUGUGGCUGAGUUUGAUGCUAUCAAGAAAGGAGCUAGUAACCGUCCUCCAAACAUAACCACUCGGACACGUGCAGCUGAAUGUAGUCGCAGUUUUCAGUAUGUCAAAGAAGAGCUCGAGGCUCUCAAGCUGCGUGUGGGCAUUGAAGCAAUGGUCUUCAUGGCAUUUUUUACGAGUUCGGCAGCCGAGCAAUUUGUUCGUUUGUACUUGCGCAAGGAUGUUGCUCAGUUGGCUACUGACUUCGAGAGUACUAUACUUGCCAGCGGUUUACUUUUGAACACAUCCACAAACCACCGUGAUCGUGUGUCUAAGGCUAAAACAGCUAUCAGAAUGGGCCUUCGCACCUCGCUAUGUAGUAUAACUAACGACCUCUCUGCAACUGUAGAGUUCACGCAGUAUCAUAACCUCGUCCGCCGUCAUCAGGUCAAGCUUGUUGGUUGGACUCACCCGCAGUGGGCGAAUCCGUCAGAUCUAAAGGGUGGCAUAGAGAGCCUCGAGAACCUUGCGGAUGCCAUUGCAACUGGCACGUGCCAUUUUGUUCCUAUCUCAAGUGAGGAACUCGAAGACCGUUUACGACACAUGAAGAAUGGGGAGAAGCUCACUCCCGAGGUCGAGCCCCCCAUGCCCAUUGAACCCACCCGCAGCUCAUCGCCUGACACACCUCAACUGCCUGCUGACACCAACCUGUCUCUAUCUACACCUUCAACUGCGGAGUCUCUUUCAGCUAAUCUUGUGCUUAUGCAUUCCUCAGACCUGGAUUCUACUCCCCCAAAUUCGCUUCCGCCUGCAUCUAACUCUAAACGAAUCAUCCCCUCCAUCACAUGA